UAUUUGGUUGCAUAUAUUACUUUUUAAUAUAAUUUAAUUCAAAGAAUUAUUUGCCCAUUCAUAAAACCAAUUCUCUCAUGACUUUGAACAACUAGGUAAACCCCACCGUGUCAUUACCCAUCUCCUACCAUCUUCGUUUGUGAAGAACCAUCAUUCCAUUAAUGCUACGUAACUCUUAAGUGGGAUUAAUCCAGGUCAACUUUCACCUGUCGGCGGCCGUCGAAAAACUUUCUUAAAUCAUGCUGGCGUGCAGUGGAAUGCCAGUGGUGUACCUGGAACGACGACCAGCCGACAUCGUCCACGAUGAGUUUUCGUCAACUUUUACACAGGGUAGUUCUCCGCGCCCCCAAAAACAUCUACUGUCCCACCAGUGCAUAUCGUUAUUCAUCAACGGAUAGCCGCAGACAACAACAACAACAAAAUAUUUCACAUGCGCGUAAACCCGAUUGGAAUCGCGCAGUGAGUGAAGCUGAGAAAAUCGUAGGGUACCCAACGUCGUUUCUAAGUCUCCGAUGGUUGCUCUCUGAUGAAAUCGCCAAUGUAGCGCUACAUCUGCGGAAACUCGUCGGGUCGAAUCAUCCUCUGUUGAAAACAGCCAAGGGCUUGUUGUAUAAUGGGAAGAAUAACAUGCAAGCUUGGGGUUUGAUUGUGUUGCUGGUGUCGAAAGCGGCUGGCCACACCGCUGAUAUACCGGAUAUGGAACAGGAUAAAGCAGCAGGUGUGCUACAUUCCCAACGGGCGCUUGCCGAAGUCACCGAAAUGAUGCGCACCAGUCAUUUGCUCCACAAAGGUAUGGUCAAUUUGCAGAAAGUCACCGAAGAUGCCGGGGAUAUGAUGUUCGGUAACAAAAUCGCUCUUCUGAGUGGAGAUUACCUGUUGAGUAACAGUUGCUCAGAAUUAGCUGGUCUGCGUAAUCAAGAACUGGUUGAACUCAUGAGUUCGGUGGUACGUGACCUUGCGGAAGCGGAAUUCGUGGGACCACGCGAUAAACAAAACAAUCCACUACCAGCAAAACCCAACGCGGAGAAAAUGGAAAUAACCCAACUAACAGAAAACGGAAUUGAACCCAUGGUUGUUAGUGAUGCGUUAGGCAACCCUGUAGCUGAAUGGACCCUGAGGAACGUCCUUAACGCUGGUUCCCUUCUGGGUAAAUCAUGUCAAGGAGCUCUGAAACUCGCAGGUCAUUCUAUUCAACUCCAAGAACAAGGAUAUAAAUUCGGGAAGCAUUUGGCUUUAGCUUGGCAGGCGUGCCUGGACCGUGAACCAUUCAUUCCUGGUACCACCGGAUCCUUCAGCCUGGUCUCCGCGCCUGUUAUGUUCCACAUUCAUGAAAACCCUGAAUUUUAUUCGGAAAUUGAAAAGGGAAUGGAGCGUAUUAGUGAUGUGGACUAUGAACUGAUACGUCAUGCAGUACAGGCUGGCAGUAGUCUAGAGAAGACCAAAGUGUUGCAGAUUGAACAUUCCAAUGCCGCAUUGGAUGUGCUCAAUCAACUGCCACACUCGGAUGCGCGCACAGCCUUGGGGAAUAUUAUCGCUGCGAUGCAAGACCUCUAAAUUGCGCGCGCAAUUAAAGUCUAUUACGUUAUGUACAUAUACACGAAUCAGUGGGUUUGCAAAUGGCGUCGUUCAGCUGCGCAUUGAGUUGCAUACAUUAAAGUUAAUCAGGUAAGUGCAAUUUAAGAAUAAUCACGUAAAUACGACAAUAAUCAUCGGAAAUAUUACAGUAUUUUUGCAUUUUUAUAUAAAACUUCAACUAGUCCGUUUUAUUUAAACAAUUUCUAACGUAAAUUAAGUUUGUAAUAAUAAGAGACUAUAUUUUUGUAAUUGUAACGGGUAUUUAAUAUCUGAAAUAAGUUUUAAAUUCGAAAAUUUCUUUAUUUGACUUUAUUUAUCAUUGUUUACAUUGUUAGUAAGUAGUUAUCUGUAAAAUUCUAUAUUUGUAUAAUAUAUUUUUGUAAAAAUAAAGCUCAAGCAAUCAAUUUUA